UGUUGUUCUUUCUCCAGGAUCAUGUGAAACCAGUGAAUAAUGUGACACCAGCAGAAGGGAGUAACUCUAGAUCUGGUGGUCAUGCAAACAUAAGUGUAGCACCCAAACCCUCAGACUUCAAUGAUUCAUCUCACAGCAACAUGGACACAGACACAGGAACGAGCAUAGGCCUAAGUGACACUAAUGCACAGCUUUUUGGGAGCUUUAUCCAGACUGAAACUGAAGGACACAGAAUAAAGCUUGCAGCAGAGCAACUUAUUAAAAGGCUUCACCUUGAAAGCAAACACAGACUCCUGAGAGCUGUUGAUUUCCUUCAGUCAGAUGUACAGUCCCAGUUCCCAGAGUCGUGUGCAGAGGAUGAGCUGCCACAGAUUUUCCUACAAAAAUUGCUGAUGAUGGACUACAGAGCAAGAGGCCUCCAGGUUAAAGAGAAUAAUGAACAACAUCACGCACACCAAACAGACAGUGACUCAUUUAAGGAUGUUGGUGAUGCCUAUGAUGAUCUUUUUGAAGAAACUGCAAAACCUGCUGAUGAAACGAACAAAUCAGAUCCUGUACACUUAAUGGAUGUUCAGAUGGCUGUGUUUCAUUGUGCUGAUAGUUUCCUAAAGCAGCUCAUCGUGACUAAACUCUCACAGUGUCAGUUUGCUCUGCCUCUUCUUGUACCAAAUCCAUUCACACAACAGAUUGAGUUCCCGCUCUGGACAUUUCGACAAAUCAAAAAGAGCUGGAAGACAAUUGAUGAUACAGGUAAAAUUUCUGGCAAAAUCCAGCCAGUCUACAAAGCAGAAACCCCAAUGGUGGCUUUCUUCAGGUUUGGUCCUGCAUCCUCAUCCAAGUCUCAACUAAUGAACAGCCUGAUCAAUGAGAAACACAACACAUUCUUCCACAGGAACUGCCCAGGCAGCAGCAGAACCAGAGUCCUGAUGGAUGGAGUGGUGGAGAUUGCUUGGUACUGUCCAUCUGGAGAGAAAACAGACAGAUUUAAUCAUUGUGUUGUGUUCUGUAACCUCCAUGGUGAUGCAGGAGCCCAUGGAAAACAGCUGGAUAUCCUGACUGAAAUGGCCUCUGUAAAUGUUGCUAUUUUACCACAACUUGACAAGAAAGACAAAAACAUGGCCAAGAUCCAAACCUUCUACAAGGACUCAAAGCCACUCAUCUGCCUUCUUACUGACAAUAAUUCUGCUCUCGCAGAAAUGCGGAAAGGGAAAUACAAAAUCGGUUUAAAAGGCAGAAAUCAGUCAGUUGUAUCCGAAGUCAGAAGAGCUAUAAAAAAUGUGCUUUUAUCUACUGAAUCAUGUUCCUUUUUCAAGCCUGAAGACAUUGCUAAACACUCAAAUAUCAGAGUAGAUGAGGUCAACGAUGAUGUUUGCAGGAAAGGAAAAGAUGCAGCGCUACAGAUGAUAAAUUUACUGAAGGAUAAAGAUCUGACUAAAAUCAAAGAUUCAUUCCUGCAAUUUCAGGGGAAACUAUGGCAUCAGUGGUGCCAGAAGAAUAAAGAACUUCAUCGACCUACAUUAGGAGAACUACAUAAGGGAAGCAACAUUGAAAAGAACAAAAGUUCUAAAAAAUCAGAAAUGCAGAAAAUCCGUGAACUGCAGCAAAAAUCUGUCUUAAGUCAGUUUAUCCACAUCUUCAUCCAAAAACUGAAUUCACAACUAGGAAAAGAGACGGUAUAUUUUCUUAAAUGGCUUGGUAUCCUACUGGAUGAUUAUACCACUGAGAGUGUCUCAGUCCUUCAUCAUGACUAUCAUGAAAAGUGGUCAACAGUCCUAAAUCUUAAAAAGAAACAUGAUAAAUCACAGCAAAUGACAGCUGCACAAGUCGAACUUGAGAGAGUAUCUAAGAAACUACAAGCUGCAACCUUUGGCUUGGAGCACAUACUGAGAGAGAUCGGUCAGGUAUAUGAAUCAUAUUCAUCUGUAAAGAAAAACAAAAAAGACCUGAAGUUUAAUUUCUCCUCUCUUCCAAGUCUUGCAGCAGAGAUGAUGAUCUCUGGAUUUCCACUGGAGCUGAUGGAUGGCGAUGCAGCCCAUGUUCCUCUGAUCUGGGUUACUGCUGUUCUUGAUGCACUCAUUCAGAAACUGGGAGACCAGAGAGUCUAUGUGUUGUCAGUUUUAGGGAUUCAGAGCUCUGGGAAAUCCACCAUGCUGAACGCCAUGUUUGGACUGCAGUUUGCCGUCAGUGCUGGCAGAUGCACCAGAGGAGCUUUCAUGCAGCUGGUCAGAGUCUCAGAGGAGAUGAAAGCACAGCUGAAGUUUGACUAUAUUCUGGUUGUUGAUUCUGAGGGACUUCGUGGCCUAGAACUGGCCGGAAGGUCAACAAGAAAUCACGAUAAUGAAAUGGCCACAUUUGUUGUUGGUCUUGGAAAUAUGACAUUGAUCAAUGUCUUUGGAGAAAACACAGCUGAGAUGCAGGACAUUCUUCAGAUUGUUGUUCAGGCCUUCAUGAGGAUGAAGAAGAUCAGAUUGAAUCCAAGCUGCAUGUUUGUGCAUCAGAACGUUUCAGAUGUUACAGCCGGAGAGAAAAACAUGGAGGGAAGGAGACGACUGCAGGAGAAACUGGAUGAAAUGACUAAACUCGCUGCAAAAGAGGAGGAUUGUGAUACAGAGUUUUUCAGUGACGUCAUUACAUUUGAUGUUCAGAAUGAUGUGAAGUAUUUUGCACAGCUCUGGGAAGGCAGCCCACCAAUGGCACCACCGAACCCUGACUACAGCAGAAAUAUUCAGGAGUUAAAGGACAGCAUUCUCUCAAAAGCUUCCAAAUCUAAUGGCAUUACACUGUCUCAGUUCAGAAUGCGUGUUAAUGAUCUGUGGAAUGCACUGCUGAAUGAAAACUUUGUGUUCAGCUUCAAAAACACACUUGAGAUUGCAGUAUACAGAAAACUGGAAACUAAAUACAAUGACUGGACGUGGAGCCUCAGAAGUGCCAUGAUGACCAUUGAAGACAAAUUCUACAACAGAAUUGCAAAUGGAAACAUUAAGGUUCAGGAAAAUGAUUUGUUGACUGAAAUGAGAAAGACAAAAGAGCAAGUAGAAAAAUCAAUCAUGUCUUACUUUGAGGACAGAGAUAAAGACAUUCUGUGUCAGUGGCGAGGAAGAUUUGAAACCAGAAUCAAAGAUCUUCAUGAUGACCUUGUGAUGGGAACAAAACGAAAGUUGGAUGAAGCAAUUGAACAGAAAAAAGCCAGGGAGCAGCUGGAACAAAGAAGGACAGAGUAUGAAAAUAAACUUUUUCUUCAGAGUAAGGAACUAGCUUUGAGCCUGAGAAAUAAAGGAACAGAGGGACUUAUGCUGAAGGAGGAGUUUGACACGAUGUGGAGUAUAUGGGUCACUGAAAUGACGGAAGAUACUCCUCCGCUGGAAGACUUGAACUUUUGGGAGGAUGUGAUGCAGAUCCUAUCGGAAAACCAUGAAUUGACUUUUGUACAUGAGCGAUUAAAUCAGAAAGAUUAUGAACUGAUAGACCACCGGAGUGAUUAUUGUGACUAUAUUAUGCUAAAGAAGGAUCCAGAAUAUCCUGUUGACACUGCAUCUUCAGAGGAAGAUACCGAGAGCUCAAAGAAGGGCCUAAAUGCUGAAUUUCAAUCUUUAAUAAGGAAUCUGAUUCAUAAAAUUAUUCAGGAAACUGAGAAAAUAACAAAGAAUUCACCAGUUGGAAGACGGGGCUAUAAUGAUAGUUACAUUCAGGAGAUAACAGAUUGUGUUAAAAAGUGUGUACAGCAACAUCAAUCAGAGAGCCAAAAUUACAUCUUGAAAAAGGAGUUUACCAUAGAUCUCAGUCUUCAUGUUUGUGACAUUGCAAGACAGGAGUUUACUGAGCUCCACAAAGAAUUCAGAGAAGCAUAUGACCCGAGACUUUAUCUUGAGAAGCAAAAAACUCAGUAUUGCAAUGUCUUUAUGAACUUCUACAGAGGCACACCAGCAAUCAUACAGAGUAAAUUAAUCUGCAGCAAUCUUGAACCGUCCAUCCUACAAGCAGUUUACAAUGAAACUGCUAUAGGUUUGGCAGCACAGAUGAGGUCUGACAUAGCAGCGUUUUGUGAGAACAGACCAAAUCUGGAGAAACACAUUCUGAAAUUCCUUGCAGAAAAGGAGGACUUCAAGCAUUACAUAAAAUAUAUUCAUAAUCCCAGAUCAUACUUUAAACUAUUUAUUAAAAAUGAAGUCAAAAGAUACUUCACCAAUCAAAACCAAAGAAUUCUAAAUAUUUUCAAAGGAAAUCUAAAACAAAAGGAGCAGACUGUAAAUAAUGCAAUGAAAGCAGCUACAGUGGAGGCCAAGAGUGAGAGUGGAGACGGCAACAUGUGGUUCAGAUGCUUCAUCACAGCCCUGACAGAUGAGCUGAAACUCACAGGGAACUCAUGUGUGGAUCUCAGUGAAAUUAAAGACUUGGAUUUUCUUGAGAAGCUUUUAAGUGACAGUCUGAAGGAGAAGAUGACAUCCCUACAGAACAGUUUUAAAAGCAUCAAUGACAUAAUAAUGGAAAAUUGCAGAAAGGGACCAGAUGAGAUUUUAAUUGAGCACUUCUGUCAGUGCUGCUGGGUUCAGUGUCCUUUCUGUAAAGCCAUCUGCACCAACACAAUGGAAGACCAUCCAGGAGACCAUAGCGUUUCUUUCCACCGCAAUAUUGGUCUGAAUGGGUGGUCUUACAGAGAAACAACAAAUUUGGCUGUUGAAAUCUGCACAACAGCAGUAUCGAGUGAUCGAUAUUUCUAUCCGAAUUCCACAGAUGACGCAGUCCCCUGGAAAGAAUACAGAAAAGGAGGUUUUAAUUAUGCUAACUGGAGCAUCACCCCUGACUUCAGUGAUUUGCUUUACUGGAAGUGGUUUGUGUGCAGAUUUCAGGAAGAUCUGGAAAGGUACUACAAUAAAGCAUUCCAAGGAGAUGGUGAGAUACCAGAUGAAUGGAAACAAUACACAAAAAAGGAAGCUCUGGAGAGUUUGGAUAAAUACAUGUAAUGGAAAAGUAAUCACAUGACACCCUUUCAGGUCCCUGAUUACAGAUGAUAUUUUGACAUCCUGUUUUACACAAUACCAUGGGUAUCUCAACUCGCUCCUGGAUGGCCAUUGUCCUGCACAGUUUAACUCCAACUUGCCUCAACACAACUGACUGGAAGUUUUUACAUUGUGCUUUAAAAUAAGAUUUUUUUUCUGACAGUGUUUGUAUAAAUACGGUCACAUUUUGUUGUGAACACUGCUGAGCUUUUUAUAAACCAUAGAUGCGUUGAUCAGUACUAUCAGCAUUCAGAGAGACAAACAUGUCAUUGUUAAGCCAGUGGGAAAUGUUUAAUGAUUUACUAAAUUAAAAAACAUAUCCUCAGCUUAUAAACAUAAAUUGAGAACAGAUGUUUUUUGUGACUCUUUUUUUUAGAUCUGAUGUAUUCUAGCAAAUUGAUGGAUGUGAUGAUGCAGUGUAUUUCUCUGCCUCUGAUAAAUUAGACCAUUGUUUAAUUUCAUAUUGGACAUCAUUUUGCAAACAGUCAUUUUGCUUGUAUCUUACAUCUACUGAACUCUGGAUGAAAACCAAUAGUUAACAGAUUA